AUGUUGCCAUUCCACUUCCUCUUCCUCAUCUCCAUCCUCCUCAUCCUACCCUUGACGCUAUGCGCUGAGGACUACUACAAGAUCCUGGGCGUCGACAAAUCCGCUUCGGAGCGAGACAUCAAGCGCGCUUACAGGACGUUGAGUAAGAAGUUUCAUCCUGACAAAAAUCCAGGCGAUGAAUCCGCCAAACAGAAAUUCGUCGACAUUGCCGAAGCAUACGAAGUACUCUCUACAUCCAGCACACGGAAAAUAUACGAUCAAUACGGCCACGAAGGACUAGAGCAACACAAACAAGGCGGCAACAGUCGCCGCGGCGGCGGUGAUCCGUUCGACCUCUUUUCUCGCUUUUUCGGUGGCGGUGGACACUCCGGGCAUGGCGGUGGUCACAGAAAAGGUCCCGAUAUGGAAGUUAAAUUAUCUCUGCCGCUACGUGAUUUCUAUACGGGACGGGAUUUGGAGUUUAGCAUCGAGAGACAACAGAUUUGUGAGUCGUGUGAAGGCUCCGGCUCGGCAGAUGGGGUUGUCGAGACGUGUAAUAAGUGUGGCGGUAGAGGGAUUGUGAUUCAGAAACAUAUGAUUGCUCCCGGAAUGUAUCAGCAGGUUCAGUCGCAUUGCGAUAAAUGUGGCGGGRAAGGGAAAUCGAUUAAGAAGCCAUGCCCGAUAUGUCAUGGCCAGCGCGUGGUGCGCAAAGCGAGCACGUUGUCGGCUACGAUAGAAAAGGGUAUGAGCAAAGGUUCGCGACUCACGUUUGAGAACGAGGCGGAUGAGAGUCCUGAUUGGGUUGCGGGCGACCUGAUUGUUGUACUGGCUGAGGAGGAGGCUUCGUUGGGCGUGAAUGAUGGUGAAAGGACGGACGGGACGUUCUUCCGUCGUAAGGGGAAGGAUCUGUUUUGGAAGGAAGUGCUGUCUCUACGGGAGGCGUGGAUGGGUGAGUGGACACGCAAUUUGACGCAUUUGGAUGGCCAUGUUGUGCAACUCUCCCGAAAGAGAGGGGAGGUUGUGCAACCGCUGGCCGUGGAGACGGUACGCGGUCAGGGAAUGCCGAUUUAUAGAGAGGGUCAUCUACAUGACCAUGACCAUGACGAGGAUGGUGAGGAGUAUGGAAACUUAUUUGUGGAAUAUACGGUUAUAUUGCCGGAUCAGAUGGAGAGUGGGAUGGAAAAGGACUUUCAUGCGCUAUGGCAGAAAUGGAGGAAGAAGAAUGGGGUUGAUUUGUUGCAGGAUUCGGGGCGGCCUGUUCCUGCUGACAGUGAGAAUGAGCAUAAGGAUGAGUUGUGA